GGUUCCUUUUAUAUCUUGCACACUGUCUUUCCGGGGAGUAGUCCUUGCAAAAUAUCUGAUGAAAAAUGAAUAAAAAUAAAACAGAUUGAUAACAGAAAUUAAGACUUACGUUUCUAUAUUUCAUAUCUUUUAUUAAUAACUUUGUAUUCAUGUUAUUGAUAAUGAAUUAUUCUUAUCAAACAAAUCACCUCUCAUUCUACCGAAACGAUGAGAACUAAUUUCUCAUUUCCCGAUAUGCACUUUCUAACACAAAAACAAAUAGAUUGGCCGACGAGGAUUAAAGUAUAAUAUUGAUAAUUGAUAUGUGUAUUAGAUCGGGAAAACAAAUAAUUGCAGAUAUAACAACUUCCUACAUCUACUCAAAAAAUCAAAGGCCUACGGAUACACGUUCAGAUAUUAUACAAUCUACAAGGAAAUAAGAAUACGGAAGUUUUUUUUUACAUGGGUAUUAUCAUUGUGUAUGCCUUGUUAACACACCAGCUGUGAAUACCAGGCUAAGGUGAAAGGACAUUUGUUCAAUGCAACUAUAACCAAUGAAAUACGAACUUCAAUAAACACAAUGAUGUUUGGAAACGGAGCACUAGUAAUUAGGAUUUUCGUCUACUCUUUCUGCAUUAAAUCUGCUUUCACCUUUGUGUCACAAUGUGGCCUGGAGGUAUGUUUGUGUGAUUAUGAGAAACAAACUGCAAACUGCAGAGGCAAGGAUAGACAUGCAAAACUGCCUUUUAUUCCUGCGUUUCCGAGUGGCAUAAAAGAAGUUGUCAUUCGAAAUUUUGUAAUCCUUGAUGUCACUAAAAAGAUGCUGGGAAAUUUGACAAAACUCUCCUUAUCAGUAUUACGUCUAAGAAAUUUAGAUAUCAGACACAUGGAAACUGAGUCAUUUCAAUCACUUCGGAAACUGAAAGUUUUGGAAAUUUCCAUGAACACACAUUUAUUACAGACAACGUUAACAAAGGCACUUCGUAGCAUUAGUCCAGAAUUAACCACCCUAAUCCUUUCGUCAAAUGGUUGGAAAUGGAUAAACUCUGAUGUGUUCAGUGGUGUUUCCCUGGUCAAUUUGCGUACCUUAGACAUGUCGAAGAACAAGUUAUCAAACUUCACAGGAAAAGUAAUAAAGCACUUAAAUCUGACCACUCUUGAUUUAUCCUCUUCUAACUUUAAUAAUAUCGAUGUACUUUGUGACGAAAACAACAAAGUUUACCGUCAUCUUGAAAAUUUGCAUCUUCGUUCAACAAGAGUAAGACACAUCUCACAGUCAAUAUUCGAAUGCCUGCCACAACUUCGAACAUUGGAUUUACAAAACACAAAACUUGGUCACUUUCCCGAAAUUUGUUUUUCCUCAUCGAAUUUCCCUAAUCAAUUGAGAAAUUUAUCCCUAACAAAUACAGGUAUAUCGAACACUGUUUCGGAAAGGUAUUGUCGAUGUAUGAGCAGAUUAGAAGCACUAGACCUGGGUAAGAAUGCAAUCACCGAUCUUCCAGAAUUCUGCAAUCAGAGUGGAGAAAGCAAUGUGCCGGCACUACAAAAGUUACACCUCAGCUAUACGACCAUUACGAUAUUAAACAAAGAAUCCUUCAGGUGUCUUCGAUCCUUAAAAAGUCUAGAUUUAAGUAAUAACGUUCUUCGGGAAAUACCUGAUCUUUGUGACAAAUCAGGAAACAGUUUAACACCAACUUUGAUUUCUCUUAACCUCAUGAAUACAAGCUUAGUGCCUUUAAAAACAUUUAACUUCCCUUGCCUUUCAAAAUUAGAAAAUCUGGACCUUCGCUUUAAUUUUUUUCGUGCAAUUCCAGUAUUUUGCGAUGAAUCGGGUAAGAGUUUCCAACCAAAUUUACGCCAACUACAAUUAUCCAAUACAAAAAUCAAGUAUGUUUUUAACAACAGUUUUAACUGUCUUCCGUCAUUAAAAAAACUAGAUUUGAGCAGUACAGAAAUUCAUCAUCUCCCAGACAAUGUCUUUAGCCCUCUUUUAUCGCUUUCAUUUUUACAAAUAGGAUAUGUUAAAACAUUGAAAAAACUUUCAAAUUAUGCAUUCAACGUAUCUAGUCUUCACACACUAAAGUUUAUCUUCAAUGACUUCAAUUUUGAAGAUACCUCGAAAUUCUCAUCAAAUACAUUAUUUCAGUUUUGUUCAAACAUAAAGAUCCUGCAUUUAAGUGGAAACCAUUUUCCUACAGGGGUGCUUGCCUCCAAGCUAUUAAAGCCUCUGACACAUUUAAAACAAUUAGUUAUCCAAAGUAGUAGAAUGGAUACGAUUCAUCGAAAUACAUUUGAAUCAUUAAAAAACUUAGAAAAGCUCUCUUUGCAGCAAAAUAGGAUUAUUGGAUGGACAAAUGAUGUUUUUCAAAAUCUCACUAAUCUCCUUCACUUAAAUCUAAAUCUAAACAAAAUUGCAGUUUUCAACCAAACGUCUAUUCCCCCAGAAAUCUUAAAUAAGCUAGAGACGUUAGGACUAGCUUAUAAUCCCUUUGAUUGUGGAUGUGACAUGAUUUGGUUCAAGCGAUGGUGUCAAGAAACCAAUGUUACUCUCUUGAAUUUUCCGGGUGAAUAUUCUUGCAAAACCCCUCCAAGCAUGCUGAGACAAUCAAUUUUGGCUCUUCGUAUUACAGAAGAAGACUGUGAAGUGAAAAACCCUUGGAUUCUAAUAGUGAUAGCUACAUCGGUUUCAGCAGGGAUUCUCGUUUUUAGUUCCAUUUCCAUCGCUAUGUAUUUGCCAAGCAUACGCAAUUUCGUAUAUUAUAUACGUUUGAGACGAAUGGGAUAUUUGAAACUGCUGAAUGACCAAGACUUCAAGUAUGACACAUAUAUAGUUUAUUCCGAAGCUGAUGAAAAAUGGAUUUUCCGAAAAGUUUUACCAAAAUUAGAAUCUGAAGGAUUACGAGUAUGUAUUCCUGACAGGGAAUUUGAAAUUGGCGCGGAUAAGUGUACACAAAUAGAAAACGCCUUUAGGGAUAGCAAAAAAAUAUUGGUGAUAUUGUCAAACGAGUUUGCAAAAGACGAGUGGUGUCUUUGGCAGGAAAAUGUCGUCGAAGAAAGAUUGAGACAACGUGGCGAUUCAACAGUUGUAUUUGUGCUAUAUAAAAACAUAAAUAGCAGGAACAUGAUAGCUUCCCUACAUAGAACAAUAAAACGUCAACGAAUGAUUACGUGGCACGAAGGUGGUACACGAGAGGCAAUAUUUUGGAAGGUGGUGAUUUUAGCUUUAGAGGCACCAAUCGGUGAACCACCCAUAUCGAUUGCAAAUAAGUAACAUGAAUUCGGACUCUUAAUUUAAAUUGUACAAUACACACGCAUUUCUUAAUGAAAAUUGUAUGUUAUGCUAUCGAAACUAGAAGGAAGACUAAUUACAUGCGUGUUCCUCCUUCCCCACCCAUUUUAAUAUGAUUUUCAGGUAACUGCUCUCGUCUCUACAUUUAAAAGAAAAUUAAGGUAGAUAGAAGACCCCGAUCUAAUUACAAGUGAACGUUAUGUAUGUCUUAGCCUCUCAUAUCAUAUGUUUAUUACAAGAAGCAUGUAUGCAUUCAGAUCAAAAUUUCAUGCUUUUUAUUGUAUUUUGCAUAAAUGCAAGUCUCUCUG